CUUAAAUUAAUUUCAAGUGACAUAAGGUAUCAUCGAGUUGCAUUAUAUAGUUUUAAUGACUCCAUGGCCAGAUACAUCUUUUUCAAGACACAGCGUGAAACUCUCAUUUGUUUUGCUUUCCAAAAAACUCAAGUAGACAACGUUUAUGUUCUUGGUGAAGCCCGAGCCUUGCAUUACUUUUAAAUUAUUCUUAAAAUUCACUAGAUUUGAGCCACAAUAUACUAUAGACUAAAAGGGUGUGUUUCUGCAUGAAGGAGGUUUUGCUAUGCUUACGGUGACAGAAUCUCUCUGGGAUCGAGGCGUUUCCUUGGCAACUGUUGUAUGCAGAUGGCCUUCCUCUGGUCCUAACGGUGUGCAAUCCAUAGCAAUUACGUUAUAUUAAUCAAAAAUUUUAAAAGUUUUGAUAAUGACGACUAAUAUAAGAAGGCCCAAUUCUUGCCAUUAUUACCGCAGAGGUAGAAGUGCAGGUCCAACUCUUGCUUGGGGAGAACAACCUUUUGAGGCUUCAGAAAGUGAAGGUUGUUGGCAAGGUCAGGUGAAAAUUGACAGCAGACGUUUAGAACAAGAACAGAUAGAUCUCAAAAUGGAAAGGCCAAUUCAGCACGGACAAGAAAGAUUUGCAGAAAUCUCCCCAAGAGAUGGCUUGGAUCUCACUGCUACUUCUCAACAAUGCAAAGGCAUGAAGAGCCAUGGCUAUGCUUUGAAGGAUCCUGAUUAUUUUUACCAAACAUCAAAUAAAAGGGAUUUUACAGGAUAUCCUGGUUUACCUGCACCCAAUGCUAGGCCAAAAUCAUCAAAGUUCUACCCAUCAGAAGGAAAAUUUCUCAAAUCAUCAUAUCAAGAUGAAUAUUGUGGAAAGGAAGCUAUAAUUGAUUCUGCUUCAAGAUCUGUAACAGAUAGUGCCCAUAGACGCAAUAAACCACAUCCAUUAGAGGCUUUCAUGAUCUGGAAGUUUCCUGGACGACUGCCGCCUUUAGAAAAUGUUCAUGACUUGAAUAAAGAGUUGAUGGAACAAGUCUCAAGAGAAUCUUUGAAAUCAACAUAUCAAGUUGAUUACAUUGGGUUAACUCAGGGGACACAGCAAAUGCAAGAAUCCCUGAAAAACUUUUACCCAACAAUGAAGUCAGACAAGCCACCUUACACAUUGGAUUCAACAAAGAGGUUUGAUUACCAGCAACCCCAGCGACAUGGCAGCUUGAAAAACAAUACUUCAAGGUAUGGUUGUAAUGCUAGGAGACAGGUGCCAGCAAGAGGAGCUGUCCCUAAUAUUUCAUCACGAGCUCCUGCAAUGCAGAGAUAUGAGAAAACUAUGUAUUCUGAUGAAUACAUAGACAAGUCAGAGAGUGCAAAAAUAUCUGAACAUGUUCGACCCAUAGUUGCAAAACGACUAAACAAAUUUCUUGACAGCCAAAAGUUUGAAGAUAAAGAGAAUCGAUUGAGAACACCAACUUCUGGUAGAUUUUCACAAUCCCAGUAGAAGUGCAAAGCAAUCAUUGCAACGUUGUAGCCUAAAUCCGAUUAAAACAGAAAUGCUUCAUCCAAACCAAUUUGAAUGAAGAAUAACAGCUGCUAAGAAUCUCUAGCCAUGAUUAACGAAUGAUAAUUAUAUUUUUAAAACCUGUGUUUAUAAAACUUGAAUUGUCUUAAUCGUUUAACGAAAGCGGUUAAUUAACUAUGGGAUUUUGAAAUCUUCUAUUCAUUGCACAGCUGACUCUAAAUUAAACAGUAUCUGAAAUAAUUUUGCACUAUUUAUUUAAGAAAUUUUCAAUGUAAAUAUUUAG